CCCUGAUCCUCUGAAGGUGCCAAAUACUUACGAAGGAUCUCGUCUUGUUUUUUCAUCUUUAAUAAUGAUUUACAGUAAUUCUUUACUUCAAGCGGAUUUUCAGGGUAAAAAUACUAAGGAUUAGUUGUGGCUUGGAUAUUUGGCAGCGGAUGGGGUGGGUGGGAGCUUGUUAGCUUUUCAGGACUGUUGCCCUGAUUAAAUAGCAUACUUAAUUUAAAUGUGAGAUAUAACCAAGUUUAGCUCCUUGAUGAACAAAAUGAUCAGUUUCUGAUAUAGUACUUCUUUUUGCCUUUUUAAAGUUAGCUUUCAAGCAAUAAUUACAUAUUAACAUGGAACUACUUCCCGUAGCUGACUUUGUCAGCCACCAGGUAGGAUUCAUCAUGGUAGAUUUGCUUGUUGCUGAAGUAAAUUAGCUAGUCCCACUCUACACUUCAGAACCUUUGAUACACUUGUUAGACAUAGUCAUUUCUCCUCGCUGCCUGAGCUUUCAAAACAUCAGACAUAAAUCUUCUGGAGGACUGUCAAGAGUGGCUACUCUGAUCUGUGAGGAAGUUUGAAUGGUGAUUCUGUAGCCUAAGUAAAGUGAAAAUUAUCUGAAUUGGUUACCUUCCUUCCCCCCCCCCCCCCCCCCCUUUACUCAAAUCUCUUACAAUAGUAUUUCCUCCUUCACUUGUGAAAUACAAAGUGCAGUUGCUUCUGGCUUGCCUUUUUUGUGAGGUAAUUCAGCUACACACAUCUGAGCUGAGAUCUGACUGCACAGCUGUGCUCCUUUAAAACAACAGACAAUUAUUUAUUUUCCUACAAAGUGCCAGGGAUUCCUGAAUCUGUUCCUUUUUACUUUCUGCCACUUAAGGCACAACUAAAUUGUUUGUUCAGAAGUGGUAAUAACAUCUGUAAACUGAUGAAUCAAAAAGGAAAACUUGAGUUGGAAUAGAUACUGCAUAUCCAUGGAGUUUGAAAUCCAUAUGGUGCUUAAAGGCUUGAUAGAAGCAGGCUUUCCCAGAGCUGUAGUUUCGUGUUUGUGUGUGUGUGUUAACUGAGAGGAAUGCCUUACAGUUGUGGUUAAAGAAACUUAUAUUUAUUACAGGUUUAUAUAUGAUCUUACGUUGCUACUUUAAUUUUUCUAGGAUAAAUAUGACUGUUCCUCUGAUCUAAAGCAGUUCCAUGUCUUGUUUGGACUGUUCCUGUAUUCUACGUACACCCGUUGAAUCAAUCAGACCAGAAGAGCUAUCUCAGAGCAGCGUCCAUGAAUGCCUGGCUGAUUCUGAUCUAGCCUGGAUUCCCCCAUCUACAGAAAGGAAUGAAAUGGUAUUUUGCUCUUCUAAUGUCUCUCACUAUGAACUCCAGCUGGAAAUAGGAAGGCGGUUCAACAACUUAACUUCAGUCUACCUUGCACGGCAUACACCUACAGGCAUGCAAGUUGCUGUAAGGAUCACAGACCUAGAAAAUUGCUCUGAAGAGCAUUUGAAAGCCUUACAGAAUGAGGUGGUUUUAUCCCACUUUUUCCAGCAUCCCAAUGUAAUGACUCUUUGGACAGUGUUUACAGCUGGUAGUUGGCUUUGGGUCAUCUCCCCAUUCAUGGCCUAUGGUUCAGCUAGACACCUGCUGAAGACUUACUUUCCUGAAGGAAUGAGUGAAGCUUUGAUAGGGAACAUUCUGUUUGGUGCAAUCAGAGGAUUAAAUUACAUGCACCAGAACGGCUACAUUCACAGGAAUAUUAAAGCUAGCCACAUUCUGAUUUCAGGGGAUGGGCUGGUUUCUCUCUCUGGUUUAAACAACCUCUACAGUUUAGUUAACAAUGGACAGAAGUCAAAGGUGGUAUAUGAUUUCCCCCAGUUUAGUACAUCUGUGCUUCCUUGGCUGAGUCCUGAACUACUGAGACAGGAUUUGUCUGGGUAUAACAUGAAGUCUGACAUUUACAGUGUGGGAAUUACAGCAUGUGAAUUAGCCAAUGGACAUGUUCCAUUUCAAGAUAUGCCUCGCACUCAGAUGCUGUUGCAAAAGCUGAAAGGUCCCACAUAUUGUCCGUGGGAUAUAAAUACCUUUCCUCGUGGGGAAUCCAGGAUGAAGAAUUCCCGAUCAGGUGUUGAUUCUGGAAUUGGUGAGAGCAUGACACGCACAAUGACCAGUGAAAGACUACAGAUUCCUUUUUCCAAAACAUUUUCACCUGCUUUCCACAACUUGGUAGAACUUUGCUUGCAACAGGACCCUGAGAAAAGGCCAUCAGCAAGCAGUUUGCUUUCGCAUACGUUCUUCAAACAGAUAAAAGAACAAACACAGAAUUCACUACUGUCUCUAUUACCACCUCCUAUUCAAAAUAACAGAUCAGAGUUCUUGGCACUGCCCUCAACAGCAGUUGGGACUGAACUUGGACAUCUUACUGCAAAUCAAGAUGAUACAGACUGGGAAUUCUAAAUAAAUACCAAACAAUCAUACCUCUCCUGUGCUUCAAAGAAGGAAAAUGUGAUUUGUAUUUGCUGCUUUAGUUUGUAUGGUUAAAAUACAGUUCGACAAGGUAUACUUGAAAAUGCCAUUAAAGUGGCCGUAUUUCAUGAACUACUUCCUCUCUUGGCAUCGUGAAGCGCAGCGUGCCUCACUUUUUGACUGUAAGGAAAACUGUAUAUAGAGAAUGGCUGAAUGCUUAUCUCCCUCUUUCAAAAUAUGUCUUAACAAGAGAGUUCCUGCUGUAAUCUUACUGUAUACUGUAUUUUCAGCUCUUAUUGCUGCAAUCCAUGUGCCUUUCUGAAAUCAGGCUUGGGUUCUCUCUGUGACCUUAAACGAUCUAUUUGUCUUUUCAUGUCACCCAAAUCAUUUCAGUAAGGAGAAAUCCUCCACUUCCAAGUCUAAAGUUGAAACUGCACAAAUUAAUUGCUUAGGCAAAUAAAUGUUUCUCUCUUCACACAUCACAAAAGGCAUUUUUCUCACCUGUCGUACUUGCCAAAAGUUAGCUAUGCAUCAUUUUGCAUGCAGUUUUAAUACUGUGUGUUUCCCAAAGAAGUUAAGCUGCUUGAAACUGUGACUCAUGCUCUUGUAUUUGUCUACAUUCUUAGUAAAAAUUUGUGCUUUUGCAUCUCC